AUGGCUGCAAGAGUGUCGGCAGUCUACAAUGUGCCUUACGACCCGAGAGAGUGGGUGGGAGGUAGUCGGCGAACGUCAUUUGGGUCAGAUGGCCGAAACACCGGGGCACAAGCGGAAGAGGGACUUUCCAAUCCACCUCCCCCAUAUUCCGCUGCAGCCGCGGCGGCGGCGGUGGCGGCAGCAGCGGGUGUUAAUGUCCGCGAGGCUACCAGUGCUGGGUCAACCAUAUCACCGGCGGAUUCGACGUUUACGGCUCCUGGAAAUCAAUCACAGUUAGACACGCCGACUAGUACUGUCGGAGUGUUGUCACCGCUCAACCAAGGAUCUAACUAUCUCGCAGAUAGCGGUCAGACUAUCACCGACACGAAUGGACUGAAAUAUUUCAGUCCUCCAGGACGACCUGGUGGUUUCGAUCACCGCCCGGGACCCCUGAGUAUUUCAUCGCAGCAAAAUGGGUCACGGCCAGGUUCUGCAAUGGGUAUGUCGAGACAUCCUUUGGGGACCACUCUGUCGAUCAACACGGUGGCUGCACAACAGAGCAUGCCUCUACCUCCACAGACUGACGCAAAUCUUGGAUCAGUCCCAGCUCCGCCAGGGUCGAGGAGAGCUGCGUCAGCGGAUGCUUGUUCUUCUCACCCCUCGUCUAUUCAGAGUCGGGAGGGGUCGACGUCGAGAUCAUCAUCCAAACAGAGAAGUUGGUAUCCAGGACUGCCUUUACCUGGUCCGCCUCCAGGUCCGCCUCCUUCAGCUUUGAGGUCGCAGAGUGCAGGCGGAGGUCUGACUCUUGGUCAGCCACAGGCAGCUGGAACGAGCAGCAGUCGACCACAUCAUCGCAUUCCGAUACAUGCCCCUCUUCUCAGUCCGAUGCCUCCUACACCUGCAAAUUGGAGAGAUGAGUCUACUCAUCGAUCCAGUUCGAGAACGCCGAUGCCGCUACAUAUUGAGACUACGAACCUCGAUCGACCGGGCUCGACACCUGCAGGUUUGACUAGAAGUGCUGCUGUCCGCGUCUCUUCCGCUAAAGGCCUUCUGGAACGUCGGAAGCAACGUCGAAGUCUUCAUGAGGGUCAAUUGGCCGAUCUCAGCGCCUUGACUAUUGACACUGACCCCUGGUUCAACAGCUUGAGCCCCACCGGUAUUAGUCCCGAACAAUCACCUAUUUUGGGCCCAUUGGCGCCAGGACGAGCCAGCCCUGAGACUGCUCGAAAGGGUCUCCGGACCAGCAGCAGGACCAGGAGCCGAUUCCAUGGCAACGACAGCGAGUACCAAGCCCUUGACUCACCGUAUCCUCCAGCACUGUCAAGGAGGAGCAGCCGGACACCGCUUGUUCCGCCAAAGGCGCUGCCUACACCUCCGCUCAGUCAGAAGAACCCCACUUCGGCGCACAGUAUUUUGCCUUCAGCAGCAUCAUCGGUAUCUGAACUCAGCCAAGUUGAGUACGAUUCCUUCAUGCAAGAAGCUUUACGGCGGCACCAACAAUUUCUGAUAAAGGAAAACCAAGCAAACACUGAGCUAGAGAGAUUGCAAAUUUUUGUGGAGUAUGUUGUGGAGGAGUCAAAGAUCCGGCGGCAGCAUUACCCAAGUCCGUUCGCUGAUGGGUCCUUCAACCCAGAGGAGGCAAAACAGCGGCUUUUUACCGAUAGCAGAACAACAGCCCCAGUUGAGGUGCGGGCUACGACACCCGGCAGAAUGCGAUCACCUAUGCACGGAAUGCGGGCCGAUCCGUCUCAACAUACGGAUAUGUGGUCCAAGGAGUACCGCCCGGAGCUCUCGCCGAUUGCCAGUAUGAGUAACGACGAACUCAGUUCCCGUGGUCGAACCGCCAGCAGAUGGUGGCAGUCUCAAACUGGCUCGGAAACUGACGGCGCACCGAAGAAGAUGAAAAGGUCGAAGCGGGAAUCCAAAUAUAUGGGUCUCUCCGCUCUGUCGAUGCAGGAAGUGUUGUCCGAGGCCGCGACACCGACCAACAUUAAUGAAGUACACAGCUCGACGGAGGGCUAUCCAGACGAGAAGGUGAAUCCGGGGUCAUUUGGCAUCUACGAUGACCUCGAGCCGCCACCAGUACAGGAGACAACCCCACCAAACCCAUUGACCCCUGUGGGUCUUGAUAUUUCACGGUUUAUCACCCUGCCUCCACCAUAUCCGCGACACCACCCUGCUGUGAAUAACAGUCAUCCCAAGUUGGCCACGUAUCGUAGGCUCGUCCGGACGUUAAGCGACUUGAGUGAGUUGCAGAGUAGGAGGUCGCGACAUAAUCUAAGUGUGGAGGCUUUGAGGACCGAACAUAAGCGCAAAAUUGCUGAGGGGCAGAAGAACUUCAAGACAAAUAUCUCGGCGCAGAUCAAUGAGGGCAGCAUCACCUUUGCCGAAGCUGCAGAAGCCGAACAGGCACUUAAGAUGGAAGAGAAUAUGGCUGAGAAAGCCUGCCUGCAAGCAGAAUUCGAUACGUUGCAGGACGUGGUGAUUAACCCGAUGCAUGAAAUGCUUCAUGAUCGCGCAACGCAGCUCAACGCCCAUAUGACGGCAUUGACCCAGCAGCUGGUGGCAGACAUGCAGGCUUCAGACCUCGAUCGACCACAACAAGAGGGAGACGCAAUGCCUGAAAUAUUGGAAUAUCUGACCCAGUUGAAAUGGUUGUUCGAAACUCGAGAAACUGUCCAUAAAGAGAUAUUCAACCUUCUCACCGAGCGAAACGACAAGUACAAAGCCAUUGUACUCUUGCCUUAUCACCAAGUCAGCAAUUUCGAAAAGAUUCGGGACACGGAGGAUUUCUUCAAUCGCGACAGUGUUGAGCGACACAAGGCAUUCUGUGAGGAAGCGCUGCUACGGUAUCAGAGCUUCGUCGACCUGGUUGCAGAACAUGUCCAAGGCGAGGUGGAACUGCAGUCGUCUGCAUUUUGGGACAUCGCACCUGGACUGCUGGACCUGAUUCAAAAGAUCCCCGACAACAUGGACCAAUUGGGCGCCAUUGUGAUUCCUGACGCUGAGUACGAGGAGAACCCCGUAUACCGUCAGUUUCCACAACAGUAUCUUUUCACAUUGCUCGAUCACGCGGAGAAAUCGACAUAUCAAUUUAUAGAAUCACAAAGCAACCUCAACUGUCUAUUCCACGAAGUCAAAGUCAGUUUAAUAGCAGCAAGGUGUCGAGCUACCGAAGCCAGGCGAGCGCGCGCCGAACUGGAUGGUCCUGUGGCGGGAGAGGAUCCCGUCCAAGUUCGAGACGAGCAAGAGAAGGCGGCUACUGCAGAGCUGAAGCAGCAAGUGGCGAUGAUUGAGGAGCAGUGGCUCGAGGCACUGGGAAGUGCUUUGCAGAGCAAGAAAGGACGGGUGAAGAUGUUUUUGGAAAGUGUGGGCGGCUGGGAUGACUCUAUACAAGGUGGUGAAUAG